CUUUCUGCUUUAUCCCUGGAUACCACGAUCCUGAUCCCUCCUGAGGGGCUUCCUCCUAGAUCCGGACUACUCCCCAGAGGGGGCUCCCGGCUCCCUGACACCUACAUGGCGUAUCUAAAAAUCGGCCGAGGUUAUUGUGGUGGAUCGCUGAUUGCUCCUGAUUGGGUGAUUUCUGCUGCCCACUGCAGUGGAGAUAUUACAGUCAUCUUGGGAGCACACAAUGUAAAGGAGCCAGAAAGCUCACAGCAGGUCAUUGGGGUUCAGAGUAAACACUUGCACCCGGAAUAUGAUCGUAAAGAGUCUCUGCCAUUUAAUGAUGUCAUGUUGUUGAAGCUCACCUCCAAGGCCACCAUAAACCGUUAUGUGCAGACCAUCCCCCUAACAUCCAGCAGCAGUGACCUUCCUACAGGCACCUCUUGCAGUGUAUCUGGAUGGGGUUUGAUUGACAUGGAUGAAGGCACUGAUAAACUUUUCGAGACCAAUGUCACCAUUGUAAGCCGCCGCUUGUGUCACCACUACUUCCCAAGACUGAGUGAUGGAAUGAUCUGUGCAGGGACCACCAACCAGAUCAAGGAUUCCAGUCAGGGAGACUCUGGCGGGCCCUUGGUGUGCCGAGGGGAGUUGGCAGGCAUUGUGUCAUUUGGAUUUGACCACCCACCUGGAGUGUAUGCAAGGGUUGGCAGAUACCUAAACUGGAUUGAGAAGACAAUAUCAGAACACAGAGACAAGAAUAGCUAAGCCUUUGUGCUCUCACUAGCUUUCUGUUGGUAGAUGAAAUAAUACUGAACAUCUGCUAUUAAAGGAUAUAGACAAAAUGCACUUUGCUUCUUGUGUUAUUAAAGUAACAAAUAACAUUUGCAGCUUCAUUUUACGUGAUUCUGGUAGCUUUGUGGCACCUUCUAAUAAAAUAAAUACAGAUUUAAAUACCCAUAAUAAAACUG